AGUUCGAUUAAACUCCUCCGUUAAGUAUCAUGGUAACAAAGUACGAUAGUUUGAAAAAAAUCUGGAGUGGAGAUGACUUCUACACUCCUUUCUUCCAUUCAAGUGUCUCAGCAGGAUACGCGCUUCUUUACCAUUUAAAUUUGAAUCCCGAGAAAGUUUGUCAAAUUUGUGUGGAUGAUGGAACUACACGAACCAACGGGGAGAUCUACAGAGCUUCCCUACAGAUUGCGUGUAAUCUGAAGAAACUUGGUUGUUCAAAAGGUGACGUGGUUGGUUUUGUGUGUAGAAAUUCGCACAAUUUGACGCCUGCCGUUUUGGCUGCUUUAUAUCUUGCCGCUCCUCCUAAUGCUCUUGACACUAUAUUUUCGAAAGACGAAAUUGUUCACAUGUUUAGCACUGUGAAGCCAAAAUUUGUAUUCUGUGAUAAUGAAGUUGUGGAAAAAGUUGAGGCUGCUCUGAAAGAGUACGGAAGUAGUGCUCCGAUCUAUGUUAUCGGACAAACAGUUCUCAAUUUUCCGCACAUAAAUGAUCUAAUGCAUGACAAGGACGACAAGAACAGUAAAGAAGACAUUAGAAAACUCAUUCUACAUCCACCACAAGUAGACAAGGACUCCUGUGCAAAGAUCAUUUGUUCUUCUGGAACAACAGGCUUUUCCAAAGGCGUUGCCUUAUCACAUGAAUGCUUUUUGAAUCUUUAUCAUAAACCUCAUUUAAAAGCAUUAUUCAGUCCAAACGACAAAAUAUUCAAUUUUAGUACAUUAUAUUGGCAAUCUGGCUAUAUAUCUAUAAUAGUAGGUAUAUUUUUUGGUUUAACUCGAUUAAUAACAAAAGAACCAUUUAGUCCAGAACGAUGGGUUGAAAUUGUAACGAAAUAUCGUGUGGGACUUAUUACAACGUCUACAUCACAAAUAGCUCAACUUGCUAAGAGUGGCCUUUUACAAAAUCAUACAAUGCCGUAUGUGAAGCAUCUCACUUGUCAAGGAGGCUAUCUUUCUACUGAUCUGGUUAAAAUUAUGCGAUCCUGUAUACCUAAUGGGAUUAUCCGAAAUAUAUACGGAUUAUCAGAAACUGGAAGGAUUGCAAGUAAAACGGAAAAUUCACCCAAUUUCUCCGUUGGAAAGCUCGCACCGGGUGUUCAGGCGAAGAUUAUCAACGAAGCCGGAGAGAAACUUGGAGUAGGUGAAGUAGGAGAGCUUUGUGUUAAAACUAAGUUGGAGUUCAUGGGAUACUUCAACAAUCCCGAAGCCACAGAAGCUGCCAGAGACAACGACGGUUGGUUCCUUACAGGAGAUUUGGCAAAUUUUGACGAGAACGGACACCUCAUUUUUAGGGGACGUAAAAAAUUCAUCUUCAAAUACAACAAUUUCCACGUAAGCCCAAUAGAACUAGAAGAAAUUCUCAUCAAACAUCCGGAAGUAUUUCAAGUAGCCGUUGUUGGUAUUCCUGAUCCCAUCUACACGGAACUACCAGCUGCAGUUGUUGUAAGAAGAGAAAACUCUUCGGUGGACGAAGAAGAAAUCAUGAAAUUUCUUGAGGGGAAAGUUUCGGAUUAUAAAAAGCUCAGAGGGGGAGUUUAUUUUGUACAAGAACUACCCACAACACCAUCAGGAAAGAUAAGGAUCAGCCUUGUUAGAGAAAUGGUUAUUAGGUUUUACCAAGAAAGACAAGAAAAGAUUUGAAGAACUUUCUAUGAUCACUAAGUCCUUAAAACGUAUUUCGAGGGCUACUUUGUAAAAAGAGCUAAGUCGGUUCGGUGCUCAUACAAAGUUAGCCGGUUUUACAAUGGGAAAUAAUUGAAAGUAUUUUAGUGGUUUAAUCUUAUAUAAUAUUUUACUAAAUUUAAUAAAGGAAGUUAAAAACUUUAAAAA